AUGGUUACGUUAGAUGAUCGUUUACUCGGAGAAAAACUACAAAAUUAUUGUAGUAGUUCAUCCGACGAUGAAGAUGAAGGAGGUAACGAAUCUGAUGAUGGCAAACGCACAAAAUCAUCGACGAAAUUUAUUCCCGAAGCAGAAUUGAAUGCUCCGAGUUCAUCAAGUGGUUUUACUGAUAAAACUGGACCAAAAGGAGUCAUUGCGGAUUGGCGACGGUUCAAACAAUUAGAGACUGAAAAACGUGAUGAACAAGACAAGGAGAGAAAAGCUUUGGUGAAAAAGUUAGCAAUGACAUGUAGAUCUUACUUAGACGAUGAAGAAGCGAAGAAAAAAGAGCAGGAAGCACAAGAGAAACUCGAAGAAGAGUUUUUUGACACUGAAGAUGAAUUUUUCAAAGAAUAUCGAGCAAAACUAAUGUAUCAAAUGCAACAACGUCUACUCAACGUACCUCGAUUCGGUAAACAAUUUGACUUAGACCGUGAGAAUUUUACCAACGCUAUUGAUGGUGAAAACAAAAACGUUACAAUCGUUGUUCAUGUCUAUGAACAGGCCGUCGAAGGUUGCAAACUUAUGAACAAUUGUUUUCAAAUUCUCGCUGAACAAUACCCGUAUGUAAAAUUCUGUCGGAUUCAAGCCUCCGAGGCGCAAAUGAGCCAUAACUUCAUUCGAAAUGGCUGUCCAGCCAUAUUAGUUUAUCGUGCUGGUGAAUUGCUGUCAUCUUUCAUUUCGGUAACCAAUAAACUUGGCGAUGAUUUUGUUGUCAGUGAUGUUGAAAGUCUUUUACAAGAAUCAGGUUAUCUCUCAGCAGCCGAAUGCGAGAAAAGCAACACUGUUCGAGACAGUCAGGUACAACAGCAACUUGAUCAAUCGGAUACAGAUGACGAUUGA